CGGGAAUGGGGGCACGGGCCGGGAAUGGCGGGCGGCGGCGGCGGCUUUGGCCGUGCCCUCAUCCCCUCGCGGCCCGGCUGAGGCUGCAGCUCCUGCUGUUCAUUUCUAAAUGUUCUCGCGUCCCCGCCACCCUUUCCUUUCUCUUUCUGAUGGAAAUAAGUGCACAUACGCCCUCGUCCCGAAUAAUUGUUAAAAACAGCCCCCAAAAUAGCCAGUCAAACUAGAACAUACCGCCGUUUCCGUAAGCUAAGGAUUGAUUGUUCCUGGUUUGCUGUGUGCUCUCAGAGGCUUGUUUGAAUUUCAUUUACGAAUCAUGAUAAUAAAGAGAUGCUGUGCUUUUGAUUCUAUGGCUUGUAUUUAUUGUGCCUAUUAAAUGGGAAAAGGGGACAGUCAUUUUUAAAUUCAAGGCAGCAGGGUGUCUGCAAAGAAGUGAUCUGACAGCUCUGGUACUUUUAUAUUUCCGAAGGAGAUGAAGAUCCCCUCUCUGCUGCUGAGAUUCCCUCGUUGUUAUUUCUCCAGAAGAACUUGCUUUGUGAACUUUCGCUUCGCUUCCCGAGCAGAUUUCCUGGGCGUUGAAUCUCUUGUGCCAGCGCACCGCUGUCAUACAAAAUGGAUUUGUUCAUCAAAUGGUUUGAGGAGAGAGCUGUGCCAGCAAGCAGCCCCUGAGCAGCAAGCAGAGGGACUUUCUGACCAGGAGCAGAGACUUGUAGACAGACUUUACCAUGGGCUGAUCCAGGGCCACAGAGCCUGUUUGGCUGAAGCCAUUACACUUAUAGAAUCAACUCAGAGUAGGAAGAAGAAAGUAGCCCAGGUGCUCCUUCAGAAGGUAUUAUCCUACCACAGGGAACAAGAAAAGUUAAAUCAAGGAAAGCCACUUGCCUUUAGAGUGGGGUUGUCUGGUCCUCCUGGUGCUGGAAAAUCAACCUUCAUAGAAUGCUUUGGGAAAAUGCUUACAGAAAGAAAACACAAAGUGGCUGUAUUGGCUGUAGACCCUUCCUCUAGUACAAGUGGUGGUUCCCUACUGGGUGAUAAAACACGGAUGACUGAGUUGUCAAGAGACAUGAAUGCAUACAUCAGGCCAUCUCCAACCAGUGGGACACUGGGAGGUGUCACAAGGACCACAAAUGAAGCCAUUCUGCUCUGUGAAGGAGGAGGCUACGAUGUUGUUCUUGUGGAAACAGUAGGUGUGGGCCAGUCAGAAUUUGCUGUGGCUGAUAUGGUUGAUAUGUUUAUAUUACUGCUACCACCUGCGGGUGGAGAUGAAUUACAGGGCAUCAAACGGGGCAUCAUUGAGAUGGCAGAUCUGGUUGCUAUCAAUAAGGCUGAUGGUGAUUUAGUUGUGCCUGCUCGGAGGAUCCAGGCUGAGUAUGUCAGCGCUAUGAAGCUGCUUCGCAAGCGUUCAAAGGUUUGGAGACCAAAGGUAAUGCGCAUCUCUGCCAGAACCGGGGAGGGGAUCUCGGACAUGUGGGAUAAAAUGGGCGAGUUCCGUGACCUCAUGCUCACAAGUGGCGAGCUGGUUGCCAAACGACGGAAACAGCAGAAAGUGUGGAUGUGGAACCUCAUCCAGGAAAACAUGCUGGAGCAUUUCCGGAGUCACUUGGCUGUCAAGGAUAAGAUCCCACUUCUGGAAGAAAAAGUUCUUAGAGGAGUCUUGUCUCCUGGGCUGGCAGCAGACCUGCUGCUGAAGGCAUUCAAAGAUGGUCUCUAAAGCAUUGUUUGCUACUCUGUUCUUGAUGAGUGCUUUAUGUAAACAUGAACAUUAAAUACACUUUUUCUAUGUGUGGAUUCAGAAGUUUUGCUGCAGCAGACAUGAAUAGAAAACCUAUCCAGUACUCUCCAAAAGAAUUCUGUUGGAUUCUGUAUAUGCAGCGAUCAUGACAAAUCUAAACACACACUAAGAGAUUGCUACGCACUGUAUUGGAAAAAAAUAAAUUUCCAAAUGUUCUAUUUGUACGUGCUGUAGAUCUGUUGAUAAAAACUGGAUGCCCAUGUAAAAUGAUUGAGUUUGGGAGGGCAGGAGAGUGAGGUUUGUGGUGGUGCAGGGUUUGGUUCUGGUUGUGGGGUCAUCUCAGAGCAGUUGACACUGCAGCUUUCCAUUCUAGUAUAGCAGCAGCUGUUGCCAGAAUGGAUUGCAUUUUCUUUCCUCACCUUGAGUGACAGCAAGAACAUUGGACUGCCUGACAGCACCAGACCACAGCCUUAGUUUUAAAUAAAUUGUAUGCAUAUAAAUAGAACAUAGUGGUGUUUGGUCCCUCUUUGGAAGCUGUAGUUAGUUAUUACACUGUACAGUAGGAGAGGGG